AUGAUAAAUCAGGAAAUAAAGUCUUCUACAAUUCAAGCAGGACAAGGAGGCCUGCAUAUUACACAUCAACCUACUCAAGGCUUGGCAUUCUUUCAUGCACCUUCUCUUUAUACCAAUCACAAUGAGAUUGGUAAGAGUGUGCAGAGGAUAUUGCAAUUGAAGGUUCUGGAUCACCCAAACUGGAUUCCUCCAUCAAGUGACUAUAUGAAUGCUUCUUUAAAUUGCCAGAUAUGCAAAAAUGUGAUUUCAGAUACAGAAAGUUUGCUUGUCUGUGAUGCUUAUGAGAAAGGAAACCAUUUGAAAUGUCUUCAAUCUUAUGGCAGCAAAGACAUUCCUAAAGCAGAAUGGCAUUGCCCAAGCUGCUUGGCAUCAAGUAAUGGAAAGACCUUGCCACCCAAAUAUGGAAGGGUCACAAGAGCUCCUGUUCCAGCACCAAGAGCUGCUCCAAAUACAAGCAUCAAUGUUGCUUCUAAGAAAACAGAAGAUUUGGAUCCUAACACUAGUCGACGGAAAGCACUAGCCAACAACAAUUCUUAUGUGUCUCAACAUUCCAAUUCUUCAAAUUUGGGUGGCAACCAUUAUGAUUCAAUGGUAAUUGGUGCUGAAAUAGAUUCGAGGACAAAUGGAGUUAAGAGAGACAAUGAAAAAUGUGAUGCAGUAGGUGAUCAUUUGGAGGAAACAAAUGGAUCUGUAUGUGCUAAUUCUGAUGCAUCUUGUGGGUAUCCCAAUGAUAUUGAGAAUGAUAGUGGCUUCAAUGCAUCUAUAUAG